AUGAAAUCCUUUGUCUCAGUUGCUUCCGAUUCGGAUUUUCCUUUGGAAAAUCUGCCUUAUGGAGUCUUCAGCGUGGGAAAUGGACCAAAAACGAUCGGUGUUGCUAUCGGUGAUCGAAUUUUAAACCUUCGAGAAGUGGCUCAUUUGUUCGAAGGGAUUCCCACUCAUGGAAAAGCAAUUGCUCAGGCUUUUCAACAGGAUGCUCUCAACGAUUUCAUGGGAUUACCAAGACCAGCGUGGCUUGAAGCGAGAGCUCUUCUGCAAAAAUUGCUCUCCGAUGAUUGUCCAACUAUCAGAGACAAUGCUCAACUCCAAAAAUCGCUAGUUUCUCAAUCGGAUGCUCAGAUGCAUUUACCGGCUCGCAUCGGGGAUUACACCGAUUUCUACUCUUCCAUUCAACAUGCCACCAAUGUCGGCAUUAUGUUUAGAGGAAAAGAAAACGCUUUGAUGCCAAAUUGGAAAUGGCUUCCAGUUGGUUAUCAUGGUCGAGCAUCAUCAGUUGUUGUCUCAGGAACUCCUGUGAGAAGACCACUCGGACAGACAAAGGCCGAUGAUGCAACCGAUCCGACUUUUGGCCCUUGUCGCUUACUCGAUUUCGAAUUGGAGAUGGCUUUCUUUGUUGGUGGACCGGAAACGAAAAUGGGCGAGAAUAUCCCAAUCGACAAGGCUCAAGAACACAUUUUUGGAAUGGUUUUGAUGAAUGAUUGGAGCGCUCGAGACAUUCAGAAGUGGGAAUACGUGCCACUUGGGCCAUUCUUAGCGAAAUCCUUUGGAACGACAAUCUCUCCAUGGAUUGUGACAAUGGAAGCUCUCAAGCCAUUCAUGAUUGCCAAUCCACAGCAAGAUCCAGCCCCUUUGCCCUAUUUGACUCACUCUGAUCCUUACACUCUCGACAUUGAUCUGACUGUCUCUAUCAAACCUGAUGGAACCACCAACGAUCACCCCGUUUGCCAUACAAAUUUCAAGAAUCUCUAUUGGACAUUGAAGCAACAAUUGGCCCAUCACACAGUGAAUGGAUGCAAUAUGCGACCUGGAGAUCUUCUGGGAUCAGGAACCGUCUCUGGACCGGAAGAUAACGAAUUCGGAUCGAUGCUCGAACUCUCUUGGAAAGGGACAAAGACGGUGCCCGUUGGGGAGACAACGAGGAAAUUCAUUCAAGAUGGAGAUGAGGUGACAAUCACUGGGUUCUGUUCAAAGGGCGGACUUCGGCUCGGCUUUGGCGAAUGUCGCGGAAGAGUGCUCCCAGCUAGAAAUAUC